CCUUUAAAAGGAGCAACCAAACAUCUGGCAAAUAUAGUAAAAGGGAUAUUCUGGUAGGACAUAUGCCUACCAUUAGUUCUGAAUACUGGUGAGGUUUUGAGGGCAAAAUGGCCGUGAUGAUUGGAAUCGCUUUCAGCAUUUCUUGGCUUUGUUGCCUGCUAAUUGGAGGGAUAACGUGUUCUACAUCAGAAGGUGAUUGGUCUCCUGCACUGGAUUCUAAUGCAGCAUGGCUCUAUGCAGGAUCACUUCGGUCUCUAGGAUAUGGCAAUUAUAAAUCUCCAAAAUCUCAAAUGCAAGCGCAACAGAAACAUCCGGCCGCCAUCCUGCGGAAGGAACUGGCCCCCAUGUCCCAGCAACCUCAGCAAGUGUGGUAUCCAGUUCAAUUGCCCCUGCAUCAGAAGCAACUGGCCGCAGAAACUCAGCAGCAGAGGCAACCGACAACUGUGCCCCAGCAAGUGUGGCAUCAAGCUCACAUGCUGACACAACCACCGACCGCCGUGCCCCAGCAAGUGUGGCAUCAAGCUCACAUGCUGACGCAUAAGCAACCGACCGCCGUGCCCCAGCAAGUGUGGCAUCAAGCUCACAUGCUGACGCAUAAGCAACCGACCGCCGUGCCCCAGCAAGUGUGGCAUCCUGCUCAAAAGCCCCUGCAGCAGAAGCAACUGGCCGCAGAAGCUCAGCAGCAGAGGCAACCGACCGCCGUGCCCCAGCAAGUGUGGCAUCAAGCUCACAUGCUGACGCAUAAGCAACCGACCACUGUGCCCCAGCAAGUGUGGCAUCCUCCUCAAAUGCUCCUGCAGCAGAAGCAACCGACCGCCGUGCCCCAGCAAGUGUGGCAUCCUCCUCAAAAGCCCCUGCAGCAGAAGCAACCGACCGCUGUGCCCCAGCAAGUGUGGCAUCCUCCUCAAAUGCCCCUGCAGCAUAAUCAACCGACCGCUGUGCCCCAGCAAGUGUGGCAUCCUGCUCAAAAGCCCCUGCAGCAGAAGCAACCGACCGCCGUGCCCCAGCAAGUGUGGCAUCAAGCUCACAUGCUGACGCAUAAGCAACCGACCGCUGUGCCCCAGCAAGUGUGGCAUCCUCCUCAAAUGCCCCUGCAGCAGAAGCAACCGACCACCGUGCCCCAGCAAGUGUGGCUUCCUCCUCAAUUGCCCCUGCAGCAGAAGCAAACCCGACCGCUGUGCCCCAGCAAGUAUGGCAUCCUUCUCAAAUGCCACUGCAACCGACUGCAGUGCCCCAGCAAGUGUGGCUUCCUCCUCAAAUGCCCUUGCAGCAGAAGCAACCGAGCGCCGUGCCCCAGCAAGUGUGGCAUCCUCCUCAAAUGCCCCUGCACAUAA